CAACAAAAACAACAGUGUUGUUGUCGCGAUUCACGUGCGAGGCACUUUUGACAUUUGUUUUGAAUCCAAGCAGAGCAAAGAUGUCACAGGUUGACGAAUUCCAACGAAAUUUUCGUUUAAUUGUUGAAAAGAUUUUUAAUAGUUGGCAAAAUUUACGUUUAGCGGUAGAACAUGGCAUGGGCGGACGUAAUGGUCAACAGGUAGCAAUACAAAUAAUGGACUACACUUACCAAUAUUGCGUUGGUAAUGAAAAUAUUACACAAGGUGAGCUCCAAGCUGUUAUAGAGGAAUUGAUGGAUCAAGAAUUCAAUACGCUGUGUGAUGACAAUUCUAUACAAGAAAUCUCGCGUAAUUUAUUACGCUAUAAACAGAUGUGUCUACAGAACCAAUACCAAAGUGUCGAAAAUGAGUUGAAAAAAUUGCCAAAUUGUAAAGAAUGGUUACGAAAUGAUGUCAAAAUUGCAUACACUCCCAUAGCGGGUGAAGACUCUUCCACUGAUGAAGAUGAUGGCAGCUCCGAUGAGGGAGAAAUGGAUAUCGAUGACUCUGACGACAAUGAAGCAGCCACAUCUAGCCGGGUGACACGGUCUCAAACUCGCAAACAGCAAGACGAUUUUGUGGAACCAGAACUUGGCUGGACAACUGUACGCAGUAAACGUAAAUAAAGCAAAAAUACCUAAAUAAAAACAUCUGAUAGAUAUUGUAUUAAAAAGUCGGGAAACACUAAUACCAUAAUACUAUAACUUUUAUAUCAUUACAGCAACUGAUAAAACUAAUAAUUAA